UUGGCACAGUUUCUGGUCAUCUCCUAUUGCGAGCGGAACGCGCGCGCGUGUUUGUGCUGGACCUGCGUGCGCGAUCUCCUCCGCGUCCUCUCGCCUCGCCGCGGUUCAAGUCGUCGUCGUCAUCGUCACGUCACGUCACGUCGAUCACGUCUCCCGCGAUUUAGCUCGUGUGCAGCAUCCGCGUACGUUUUCCCGAGUCGGCACGCACGACGGUGCACCUGCGCGACCGAUCCCGUGGGAAAGGAGAGAGAGAGAGAAAGAGAGAGGAUCUUGCGUUUCCCGAGGAAAAAAUGCAGUUAACGACCUGUUGCAGAUGUUGUUCCCUGAAAACGGGAACUAUCUUCAGCGGAGUAUGUGGUAUCGUACUAGCUGUGAUUUCCUUGAUCCUGAUCUUCACGGCGAAUGUAGAAUGGAAAACGAUAAUCAUCGACAUUCUGGACAAAACGGCCGUGAAGAUCAUCUUCGCAAUCAAUCUCUGCAUGACCAUCCUGAUCUCUACGUUACUUAUAAUUGGCGCUUUAAGGAAAAAUACGUUCAUGAUGCUCCCAUGGGUGGUUUUGAGCAUUAUGCUAAUCGUUGGCCUUUUUGUGAGCGUCAUUUACACCGCGGUAAUGUUCUUCGUAAAUAGCGAAGUUCUCAACGGCGUUCUUUGGCUCAUUUUCGGUCUAAUUGCCAUUGUGGUAUACAUUUACAUGUGGUUGGUGGUGUACAGCUAUUUCCAGCAGCUGAGGAUCGAGAAGAUGAACAAAAGAAUGGGUCCUUAUGGAAAACCGUACAAUUACCGACGAGCAUGAGGGCGAGAUUGAACGUGUAGAUACGAUUGCUGGGGCCUAUCCGCGAAAGCGAUCUUGGCUGAAGAACGACCGCAGCAACCGCUACCGCUCGCAUAAACAUUUAUAAGCAUCGUGUCGGCCCACGACACGUUGUUACUAUUGGUUGCAAGUUGCAGCGGUGUUCAUGUCGUUUUCGCCGAUACGUAUCCCCGAUUCGCCGAGUGAUACGUCGGACUAAAGUCGAUUUUUCUAACAGUUAUUAUUUAUCCGAGUAACGACGCGGAAUAUCUUCUUGUUAAUUUAUGUAAAGGUAUUCCCGUAUUUGUACUUGCACCAAAGCACGACAUAUUUCGAUUUACAUGACUGGAUGUUUCACAAGAGCAUCCCAUAAAAUAAGCAUAAACUAGGAUAUUUGUACCUUAUCUAGAUUGUAUUUAUAACUUAUGAUAUUAUUUUGUCUAACGAUAAGUGCUCCCGUGAUUGUAAAGAGUUUUGCUUUUGAGCGACUUUUAAGCGUCAAAUAUAAGUGCAAUUAUUAAUCAGUAAUAAGUAAAGAAUCGGAGAACAGGCUUUUUAUACGGUAUUAAUUAAAUACCAAAUUACAGGCAUUAACAGAGAUUAUUAUACUUUUAUCUUUUAGACUUAAUUAAAACGGGGAAGAGAUAGAUAAUUAGUGAAUUGAGUUAAGUUAUCGACAAAUUGCUUUGUAUAUUAUUAUAAGAUAAUUUACAAAUUAUUCUUUUAUAAGAUGAAUUUAUAUCAACGAAAAAUACUGCCUUAUUCUCAAAUCAUCGAGACAUGCACAGCAAUAAUUAAAAUAGAGUUUAUUAGUUCGUCAAGUAAUUAACUCAUCUUGGUCUCGUCUUUGUCUUUAAAUUUUUUUUUAAUUUAUUGGGAGAAAAAAAAGUAUAUUACGCACAUUAUAAAAUACGAUAUAUUUUCAAGAGUAUUAUUAUAAAAAAAGAAAUCUCUGUACUUUAACUUUUAUUCUUCCUUGCGUACAAGGUGUGCCAUUGUAUCUUUUGUAACUUUAAUUAAUAUUAUUUAUUACGAAUAAAUUAUUUCUCUUUUUCAGUA